AUGUACUUAGCGAAGUGCCAUAAAGUUGGCAUACGGCUGGCAACAUCCAACACGACCACUGGAGUUGUGGCGGGAGCAAAGGCUGCUGAGCGACCUGCUCUCGAAGACGUGCACACACAAAUGGCUGUGUCGAUGGAGACUAUUCUUCAAAGGAUUCAGCAACAGAUAGAAAUCGACAAGGUGCCGGUGUUUGUUGAAGCAGUGGUAGUGGCGGUGGCGAAGAACACCUGA